CACACAAUAGUAAUACAGGAGUUGUGUGAAGUCGCGCACGUAUGCAGUGUAUGGGCCACUGUAUGGACACUCAGCUGACGAUAUGUUUACUAACGUUAAGCACUGUUUUGUUUCAUACGUUUUCAUACAAUUCACUCAACACUCGCUUUAAUUAUCAUUAAUUCACAUAACAUUUGGAAAUCACUAAACAUUGCAUUCAUUUAAUGAUAAGUAAAGCAAAGUUUAAAUAUUGAUCUCAAGACGAGACAAAGUGUAAGACAUUCCCGAAAAACAAUUGAUCCGAUCGUCGAUCAUGUCAUUGGUUGACCAAAACGAUGACAAUGUAUUCCUGGAUAACAGCGACUCCAAUGGUUCAGACAAUGCUUUGGCGUUAAUCCGCGAUGUCUUUGACGGAACCGAUGAUCUGAUGGACACUGAGUUGGAGCGAGCGUUAGAGAAUGGCAUUCAGACGAUAGUCAUUGAAGCGCAUCGUUUGGGCGAAGAGACGGCGCGUUGGAUAUCAAUCGGCAAUUGUCUUCACAAGACUGCGGUAAUGACGGGAAUCGGAUCCAUAUUGACGGGCAUUAUAUGGCCCGAGAAGAGGAGUACUCAGUGCUGUUUGACGGGUAUAAGUCUAUUGACGAAUGGCAUACACUUCCUCUCGUGGCAAAUGGACGAGUGUUCGCACUAUAGGGUGGAGACCGACGCCCGUAAGGUUGCGGACACUUGCGCUCAUUGGCCGACGUUUGACAAACCUGUGGUCCUCACCAAACGUACCGCACAUGAGAUGAGACGGAAUCAUAUUUUUCAAACUGCAAUCUCUUUGAUAGCGUUAGCCUUCACUGCUUUCAAACUC